GCCUUUAUAAUUUUCCACUUCUGAGCAGAUACUGCCUGCCUCCUUUCCCAACACACACACACAGCUGCAGACAGAAGAGAGACAGAGGAGAGACUCACACACAGUCGCACACACACAUACACAAGCGCACCAGAAAACUAAUCACUAGCACACACACACAGAGACCACCGCCUCCGAGAAAUCCUCCACUAAACAUAGCAGAAGUUCCGCGAAACUUAGCAGAAGGAAGCAGGAGCAGAUUGCAGAACAAGGGUCAGAUAUAUAAAUAUCUGGUGAACAGAAGAACACUGAGAUAGAUAGAUCUUCUAGGGUUUUGUAAAAGCUUGUAAAACAUUAAAAGCCCUGUUCACAUACUCACUUUUAGUGCGAGAAAUGGCGAAGUGCUACUCUAAGGAGACUGCCAUAUUCGUUCUGCGACAGCGGUUUUGCUGUGUUCUGGGGUAUGUCUGAGCUGGAGCUGGGGGUUGUUUUUUGUUGCAGCUUUUACUGGGUGAGGGAUUGGUUGGAAACCCUAGGAGGAGGAGGAGGAGGAGGUAGAAGAGAUGAACAGCACGUCGGCGUUGACGGCAACCGGAGUGCGGCCGCCGUUCACGGCGUUGCAGUGGCAGGAGCUCGAGCAUCAAGCUUUGAUCUUUAAGUAUUUAAUGGCGGGACUGCCUGUCCCUCCUGAGCUCGUGCAUCCUAUCCGGAAGAGCUUCGAAUCCAUGUCCGCGAGGUUCUUCCAUCAUCCCAGCAUGGGUUAUUGUUCCUUCUAUGGGAAGAAGGCAGACCCGGAGCCGGGAAGGUGCCGGAGGACAGACGGCAAGAAGUGGAGGUGCUCCAAGGACGCUUACCCGGAUUCAAAGUAUUGUGAGCGGCACAUGCAUCGUGGCCGAAACCGUUCAAGAAAGCCUGUGGAAACGCAAACUAUCUCUCAGUCCUCGUCGACUGUAACAUCGCUCACUGCCACUGCAACUGGUAGCAGUGUAGGCAGUGGGAGCUUCCAGAACCUGCCCCUACAUUCCAUCAGUAAUCCUCAGGGCGCUUGCUCUGGGAACUCAACUCCAUUGCAGAUUGAACCCAUCUCCUAUGGAAUCGGCAACAAAGAUUACAGGUAUCUCCAUGGACUGAAACCAGAGGCUGAUGAGCACAGUUUCUUCUCAGAAGCUUCUGGUAGUGUGCGGGGACUUGGGAUGGACUCUUCUUUAGACAGCUCAUGGCGUCUCAUGCCAUCAAGAGUCUCCUCAUUUCCUCCAUCAAAAAUGAGAAAUGGUUCCAUUUUUCAGAGUGAUUACCCCCAGAUGCACUCGAUGCAAGAUCUUGGGCAUGCAACCGUUACAGCAACAACAUUUUCGAAACAACAACAACAACAACAACAACAACAGCAUUGCUUCUUUGGCAGUGAGUUUGCAUCAGCAGAGCCUGUGAAACAGGAAGGUCAGUCUCUGCGUCCCUUCUUUGAUGAAUGGCCCAAGACCAGGGAGUCGUGGUCUGAUCUUGAGGAUGAAAGAUCCAAUCGGACCUCAUUCUCCACUACCCAGCUGUCAAUUUCCAUACCAAUGGCAUCCUCAGACUUUUCUGCAACUAGUUCUCGAUCUCCUAAUGAUGAUUGAAAGGAGGAGCAUUCUAUGAUGUGAUCCAGCCAAGAUGUCCGGUCUUUAUGGAGUUGUUCCAAGGAGAUAUCCUUGUGUUCCUGUCAAAUUCUAGGGUCCUCCGAGGAAAACUCAGAAACACUUUGGAAAUAUGCCUGCUUGUGAUUUUAGAGUUGGUUUUUUAGUUGGUGUUAAAGGAGUUCGAUUAGGAUUGUUUAUGUACUAGUGGGAUUCUUCUACUUCUCCAGGGUCAAACUGCAUGUUUAAUCUUCUUUUUGAUAAAACACUUUGGUAAUAUGCUUGCUUGUGAUUUAGUGUUCAGCAUUUUUAGUUC